AUGGACUUCUCCGACGUGCUUGCGGGACAGACUCUGGCACAGUGGUCCCCCAAUGCCAAGUAUGUGGCUGCGGCAGACAAGAACCGCGUCCAAGUGCGUGAGCCCGAUUCCUUGAAGCUUGUCCAAGUUUACAUCUGCAUCGACAAAGUCGAGAGGAUCGAGUGGUCGCCAGACUCGCAGUUUCUGCUGACGGAGGUUGCGCGGCAAGGUCUGCUUCAGAUCUGGAGCCUCAGGGACAGCGAAUGGACCUGCCGAAUCUACGAAGGUCUUGCAGGCAUUGCUCACGCUCGCUGGGGCCCUGGCACGGAUCGAGUGCUCGUGGCCGUGGACUUCCAGCUGUAUUUGUCGAUCUGGCCGCUGCAGGAGGGAGCCUCUGCCGUUCAGAUUCGAUAUCCGAAAUUUCCACGCCGCGGCUUUGCAUUCAGUCGGGAUGCUUGCUGGCUGGCUGUUCUCCGGCGGAAAGACUGCAAGGAUCGGUUGGGCAUCUACAAUAGCGAGGAAAGCUUCUCGCGCCUCACCGACGUGGCCAUUGCCGGCGAUGCUUCGGAUCUUGCGUGGGCACCGGAUGACAACACGCUUCUCGUUUGGGAGCGCGCCGCAUCAUCGCCAUGGUGUCGGAUGUACUCUCUGGCUGGUGAGUGCCUGGCACAGGUUGGAGACGCAUUGCCAAGGUCUGUUGCCCCGUCGCCCUCAAUGCAGCUACUGGCGGCCUUGGGCCUCGACGGGCAGCUGCAGCUGUUAAGUGCCGUCAGCCGACACAUCCUCACCAACCUGCCCCACAGCCUUGUGGAGGCAAUCAUGCAGCGUGACGAUGGCGAGGUAUUCCUGUGGGAGGAAUAUGUCGAACUGGCCGACGGCAGUCCAGAUGCAAAGCGAGGCUACAACAGGAUGCAGGACUCUGCAAGCUUCUUGGAGGAGAAGCCGGUGCCUGAGGCUUUGGAUGCCGAGGGCAUCCCGAAGCAAGGGAUCACACUGGCCGCUUGGAGCCCGGAUGAGCAUUUCUUGGCCACGAAGCACGAGUCUUUCCCUUGUGCGAUCUGGAUUUGGGAUCUUGGGCGACUCGUACUACACUCGGUGCUGAGGCAACGUAACACGGUCGUGGCAUUGGCUUGGGACCCCACUGCCCGCGGCGCGCGGAACCGGCUGGCGGGAAGCACCACAGAUGCUUCCCUCCUCCUUUGGACUCCGCGUGCCACGACACUGACAGCGGCACCGAUGGUGGCCGGGAAGCUUCGGUGGCGUAGUGAUGGGCGCAGCUUGCUGCUGCAGGAGAAGGAUCGCUUUUGCGUGUGCCGUGUGGGGUUGCCGGCGCUUGAAAAGGGCCCGCUGCAAGAAAGCCGGGAUGUCAUGAAGCAGUUUUCGGCAGUUUUCGGUUACGGACAGCAGGGGCCUUGGAUUUCAAACCCAAACACGGUGACUCGGAGCAUGGAUGAAAGCCUCACCUCGGACCUGGACAGCGAUUCGGAGACGGAGUGCCGCGCCCUCGUGGGCGAGACCGGGAGGAGGUCUGACCAUGGCUGCUGCUGCGGGCUGUGCUGCAAGGUUUGCGUCCUCCUGUCACUUUGCGCUCUGGUUGCGGGUGCCGUCUUCCACGAGGCGCUGGUAGCGCGCCUGGCGAGCAUAGGUAUCGCCGCGGCCCACAUCCAGUUCGAGUCCGUUGAUGUGGGAACGAUCCGAAACUCUCAGACUUUGAGCCCGCGCAUCCUCGCAUCGGUGUCCAACCCCAGUCCAGUGAAUGCCGAUGUCAGGAUGUCCCGGUUGGUGCUCAAAGUUCCUAUUUUCCCAUCCGGGACUUUGGCGCGCGUGGGCACAGUGACCAUGCCUUCUCUGAGGGUCCAGGCUUUCCAAGAUCUGCAAAUCAACAUCUCGGCCCAUGUUCACAUCGAGGACCUGGACGUCUUCGGCCUCGCAGGCAAGCAUGCGGUGAGAGAGCCGGAUUCCUCCUGGGUGGUGGAAGGAAAGCUUCAGGUCCGCUGUGAACUACCGUUCUUUGCGGCGCACCUCUCAGACAUACCCUUCGAGCGGCAGGUGGCUCUGAAAGGUAUGGCGAGCUUCUCCCAGGAUGCGAAUCCUGUUACCAUGGAGGCGAUCACGAGUGCGUAUGGCUACCCCGACCAUCUUGACACCACCGUGGCGAUCAACAUCUACAAUCCUUCUUACCUUUCUGCACAUCUUGACACACCUACUCACUUCAACAUCACCCAGCGGGGGCAUCCCUUUGGGACUGCUGUGGUCCAAGAGGUCACCCUCAAACCUGGACGUAACACCGUUUCAGUUCGUUUUCUGCUGCAUGACGACAGCUCCAACAGGGAAGCUGUACGCGAGUUCAUCCUCGGCUACAUUCGCGCCGACAUGCAGAUGGUGACAAUGCACGGCACCGAGAGGUCCUGCUCCGACCCCCUCCUGGCCGUGGUGCUGGACGGCCUCGACCUGCGCUUCCACUUCAAGCCACCUGCGGCAAGGUUCAUCCACCAUAUAACGGCAAACCUGGGGCUGAUCGGGCUGCAGGUGACAGCAGAGGUCGCCAACCCGCUGCCUCAGAAGAUUGAAAUUGGUGGAACUGACCUCUCCGUGCGGGAGAACACCGUGGAAGGAGAGCAGAUCUUUCGCUUGAAAGGCGACCAAGAUUCAGGUCUCGGAGGGCAAGUGUUGCAGCCGAGUGCCAUCUCCGCGCUGAAGCUCUCCUUAAGCACUCUGGAUGCGGAUCUCAAGGACCCACUGCUUAUCGCCCGCCUCAUCGAGGAUGCUGUCGACGGAGCCGUCGUUGUAGGUGUUUCUGGGCCGCUAUCCUUGACCAUCGCGCCGAACUUCACACUGACGCUGAACUACAUCGCGAACAACGUGACUGCUUCACUUACCUGCUUGCUGGUGUGUGGCUCUUCGCACAGUUUGCUGAACCCCGUGAACUGGUUUCCCAAUGAAGGCUGA